UCAAAAUAAGUUUUAUAACUAUUAAGAAAGCGUUUUAUGAGAAAUAAGAAUAAGAUAUUUAAUAUCAAUUUUAACCUAAUGAUUAGGUACAUGGGCACCAACGUUGAGCGUGUUUGAUGGAAACAAAAUGACCGCUGAACAACCGGACCUUUUAUUUUUCGACACCUUUUCACAUGAUACGAAUGAGGAAUUAAAUUUGGAUUUAGUCCAGUUUCCGAAGUCUGUUUAUGUCCGAGAAAUACGUAUCAUACCUCUAGGAGCUCGAGUUGAAGGGGAUUUUCCUGGUGGAGUGAGACUUGGAGCUACAAACCCUACAAAAUUCCACAUCGACUUCUUUGUAAAUGACCUAAGUAAACCAGGUGCUUCUACAUUCGAAGCUCUAGGAAGCUUGGACUAUUGUCAGAAUGGACAAAUUCACAUGGAAUGUGGAGCAGAUAUAGAACAACCAAGAAUUCCGACGGAUGGACUGGUACUUAGAGGUUGGUAUACAACAAUCACUUUGGCGGUUUAUGGUAAUUUGACCCAAGUUUUACCUGAUGUUCCAAUAAGCAUAAAUCCUCCACCAAAUAUCCAGAGGCCUGUGUCUCGUGAAGUUAGUGCUUUACCUGCUAAUGUUCCACAAUCAUCUGAUUGGAAUCAAGAACCUACUAAUCCGAUCCCAGCUUACACUAGCAAUGUUGUUGCUAGUAACCCUGAAUCUUACGGGGGCCCUAAUUACCCAGAAAACUACGAUAGCCAAUUGUACAGGAAUGAAUAUUACGAGAACGAAGGCCCAAAAGAUCCUAGAACAUACCACCAUAUGGAGGACAAUGAAUGGGAGAAGGAGAGGAGAGACUUAAGUUGUGAAAGAGAAGGCGACAGGUUGCGCCAUAGCCCUCGCUCUAUGGAAAUAGACAGAGAAAGGGAGAGACGUGAUGGCAGAAGUCGCAGACGUUCAAUAGAUAGAGGCAGGAGCCGUGAAUCAUCUCGACCUCGCGAUAGAAGUAGGGAAAUGGAUAGAAUUCAUUCUAGAUCACGUAGUCGUGAUAGGGAUUACGUAGUAAAGGGUGAAUAUCGACCCAUGAGCCGGUCUAGAUCUCGUAGUAUCGAUCACGAUCGCGACUGGGAUAGAGGCUCGUAUAAGAAGGAAGAUUAUCGACGUCAUCGCGAGGCUUCGUACGAUCGUUCACGUGGUGGAUCGUAUGAACCACGGUCACCAUACGAUAAAAGGCCACCGUCAUACGAACGCAAACUAGCUUAUGAUAAAUGCGGACCUUACGAAAAAAGGUUAUCACCAUACGACAAGAGGAGUUCCUCUUAUGAACGGCGUGCUCCUUCAUACGACAAACAAACGCCAUAUGAUAGAAAGAGACAUUCACCGUACAGUCGCAUGCGAGGUUCAAGUUAUGGCAGUAGAUCACCGAGUCGUGAUGACCCUCGGAAAAGACCCAGAACACCACCCGGUGAGAGUAGACGACCGAUGUCUCCGAGAGAAGGUGAAACAAACAGCCCCAUUAAUUCUGUACGAUCAGAGGAAGGCGCUGAUUAUGAUCGAAGUGGAAAACAAAUUCCUCGUAUUGAUUUCUAUCAUCAAAGUUACAGACAUAAAACUUCGAUUAGAAGCCCUUCCCAAGAAGUGGAUAAUUCAUAUGUUGAACCUCAACAUUCCAGCCUGGUGACUGUACCGAUUGUUGAUACCAGUGCUCCUAAAGAUUCGCCGUUAAGGAACCUCGAUGACGAUAGAUCAAUGGACGCUGAGCCAUUUGAGCCGAUAUUAUCGGAUGAGGAUAUUUGUGAUGACUUAGAUGCUAAUUCUUAUAUGGAAGUUGAAUACGAUGUGAACGAAUAUUGCGGCGUUGAUGAUAUCAUCAAAUAUUUUAAUCCAUUCAAAGCAGAAUGGGAAAAAUAUGAACACGUUAAUAAAAUAACUAAAUUGGCGAACGUUAAGAGGGAUGAAGUGAAAGAUGUCAUGAGUGCGACUUUCAGUGAGUUGUGUGAAGCGAGCGCUGACUUGUUUAAAAUAUCUGAAAUAACAUCAGCCGCUAAAAAGCGUGAACAAAAGUUUUUCUCGAACACAUUCGUGGAAAUCGACAACUCUUCAAGAGAGGACUGGGUUCACCAGUGUGAACAGUUGUUCGUACCUCUAACUAAUAUCUGCAAACAUACUGAUUUAAUUCUUCGAAUAUUUCGCAUGUACAACCGAUCGGAAACAUCUGAUGAGUUUGCCGAUAUAUACAAUCUUCUGGUGACUUUCUGCAGGAUCGGAUUGAACUUCGAUUUUGCUCUAGCACAACAGCAGCCCACGUACAAGAUACGACACAUGAAAUGCGGUAUUCGUCUUGCGGAAACUUUGAUGUUACACCAGCAUAAUGGACAAGUGAUGAAAAUGCUGUUAAAUACUGGCAUAAAUAUACCAAUGCAACUGCUACAGAUGUAUGCUAAAGAAUAUAUGGCUUUGAGUAUACGCUUGAUGAUUCUGAAAUCUUUAAACGCGUGUCUAUCAUCGAAAGAAGCAAUCGAUCAUUUUAUGCAAAAUUCGAUGUAUCCUAAAUUCGAUAAAAAUGAGACCGAUACCAGAAAACCUAUGAACGGCUAUCAAGCGCUUUUAGCCAUGAUGCAAGCGAACCCAUUGGGUAGAGUUAAAUUUGCUCUGAGUGCACUUUUGAAAAAACUUAAUAUAUAUGAGGCGUUAAGUAAACUACACGAUUUAGUUUUAAAGUUUAACAACGCUGCUGCUGAAAAUAAUCAGCCAGAAGAUAUUGAAUUAACAGAAAGCGAAAUAAGCUUUAUCGUAGAUUCUUUCGAAGAAAUACUUUACAUGUAUCGGUCACAAUGUUUCCAUCUCUCUCAACCGAAACGAUUUCUCCCAGUCUCUGCGCAGUUCGAGAUAAGUAAGGAAUGCUCCAAUGAAAUUCUUCUUCAGUUUUUUGAUAUUCACCGUAUUUUGGAAGUUUGUCUUUAUUUGCUAACAUGUCCGACGACAUCAAACAAUCUGGUCAUCACCAGUCCUAUAUACGAUCUGGUUUUUGAACUGGUGAAUUCGUACAAUGGUCUCAAAUUUCUGUACAAAAAUAUGGAAAUGAGUGAAUUACUUUUUAAAAUAUUAGAGCAACCGUACGGACAGCAAAACGCCGAAGAGACAGCUUAUCCGCACGAUAGUACCCUAAGUAAUUACAGUGACUUACAAAUCGUUGGCUUAGAACUCGCUUAUAGAUUGAAGGCCAUGUAUUAUUUGCAAUCCAUUAGUGACCUGCAAGCGGGUAAUACGGACGAAAAUGAACUCAUCGAUAGAUUGCAAUCGUUAUAUUGUCUCAGUUUCGGUAUUAUCGGUAAGACAGCUGUUCCGAACGUCAUUGUAAUGGGCGAGAACUCCGAGUGUCUCAUGGAGGUGUUUGAGAACGAUUUGAAAAGUAAGGGUAAAGCUGAUUCGCCUUCCAAACAAAAAUCACCAGCAAAAGGUUACGCCAUAGAGUUAAUCGUCUCGGCGGUUAGAUAUGCAGCCAACGUUCCAUUUUUGAAGAAAUACGGACAGAGAUUGAUCAAUGUUUCUAAAGAGCAUGAUAGAUUUGAGCCGAGCGUUUCAAGUGUUUUACAAGAAGUCAUACCAUAUCUUAAACCUGUGGAGAAACCUACUGUUCUCUCGGGCGAGGACUUGGUUGAAUGUGUAGAGAUUUUGAAAGCGAGCCUAGAACAUUCCGCAGAUUUGCCCGGCGAGUUAAUGACUUGCUUGAGAAUUCUACGUCAUUUCUGUAUUUCCGAUUACGAGCAAAACGUAUCUGUUGUUUGCGAAUCACCGAUUGAGGAAUAUGUGGAGCUUAAAUAUAAAUACAACGUAUUACAGCUGUUUUCUUUAGAUGGAGUCGCUCACAUCUCCGGCAUUCUCGACCGCUUGGCAACUCAUUUUGAUCAACCGAGUAUGCAUACUUCAUUCUUCACCUCAGUACGGGGACUUCAAUUAGCUCAGAUGCUGCUCCCUUGUCUUAGAUUACUCGAUGAAAUGUUAGCGAGAGUUGUCCGCUGUCGAGGACCUAGGUUCAGAGAUCUGACAGCGGCGCCGAUAAUAUUGAAGACAUAUGGGAUUGCGAAAACCUUUCCAGUUGGAUGUAUAGGAUAUAGAACUGCGGCUAAAGCGGCCGAGGCUGCGGUUAGAGCGUUACUCGCCUACGCUCAACCAAUAGCCGAUGACGCAAAUGAUGGUGACUCAAUACGUCGGGGACCGUGGACUUCUCUGUGCUCAGAAGUUAUUUCUUAUACAAUGACGGCUCCUUAUACUUUCGUUCCCGGUUUAUUGAUAUUUUCUGAACUGUUACCUCUCCCGUUACCGAUGCAGACAAAAACCGCACCAUCCGAUCGCGAAUUAGCUGACGCUGCAAACGAGAGACGUAUGUGGUCCGCCCAUUUGCAUGCAUUAUCGAAUGAUUUAACUGACAUGAUACAAAUAAUAUGCAUGUCGACAUAUCGGCCGGUCGUUCAUAUGCUCCGUCGAGUUUGCGUGCAGAUUGCAGAUCUCGCUCCGAACACAGCGGCCACGGUCGCUCGGGCGGCUGUCGGAGCCGUUAUGAGAGAGAUAAAGGAAGGGGAGCCAGCUAACGCGAGUGCGGCUAGAGUACUAGGGUUUUUAGCUUGUUUGGUUUCUCACGCGCCCGUUAAAUGUGCCGUUUUAUUCACUAUGAGCAGUGGAACUCAAAAGUCGAACGAUAUACAAACGGCUCUAUGCAAUAUACUGGCUUUGUCGAAUUUGUCUCACGAGCAUUCAGCAGCUCAAGAAUACGCAGCACACGCUUUAGCUGCGUUCUGUGACGUGGAGGUGACGCUGACACCAGUCAGUGUAGGCACGGAUGUCGUCUUGGCUAAUUCGUUGCCCAGUAAAGAGUCUCUGGCCACCUUCCUCGACGCAACAGCGGACUGCCUUCAAUCAACAAACAAAACUUGCGCCGUAGCGUCUUCGGUAUUGAGAGCCUACUUCGUGUUAACGGAACAUGAAUUCGGAUUCUUACAGUUUAGAAAGUUUGUGGCGAAGAGAAGAGAGGCUCUCGGAAAAUAUUUUAAAUGGGCCCUGGAAGGUUCGGGAGAGGAUAGGACGGUGUGCCUAAACCUAUACAUCGACCUAAUAAGGAUCUUAAAGGUCGAAGAAGGAGAGGGUCCACUGGGAAGAAAGAGCACCCUAACGUUGGCCGAAAUGGCGGAUAUGGUGGGCUACUCCUGCUCCGAUGAAGGUCAUCCGGUUUUGUCUCUGGAUAAAAUAUUAAAGGAACGAAACACCGACGAGGAUGCGAUCACAAACGCGAGCUUCCUCGUCACUCACGUGCAAAAACUGAGCGAAGUCGAGGAGUCCCCCGGCGAGCCCGGCGAGACCGCCCCGCCCGCCCCCGCGCCGCUCGUGACGCAGUUCGCCGCGCGACAGAUAUACUGCAUCGGGGACGCCGCCGACGAGCGCCUCACCACCGGCUACUGGCUCAACGUGCCCGCCGCCAGCGGGGACGACGUCAACGAUAACGAACUGAUGCCGUGCGACAUCCUGGAGGUGGCGCGGGCGCAGCUGUCGGGCGGCGCGGAGGCGCUGGCGGCGGCCGUGCGGCGCCUGGCCGGCUGCCUCGACGCGCGGCCCGAGGCGCUGCCCGCCGACGACAAGCGCCCCGCCGUGGCCCUGAGCCGGCUGCGCGCGGAGGGCGGCGCGGACGCGUUCCGCUCGCGGCCGCCCAACACGUCGCGCCCGCCCUCGCUGCACGUGGACGACUUCACGGCGCUGCACCAGCCCUACUCGCUGCCGCUCGCGCGCGCGCGGCGCGGGGCGGGCGCCGAGCGCGGCCGGUUCGGCGCGCACGCACACGCGCGCACGCCCAGAGGGCGCGGCGCGUGGGAGUUGGGCGCGCAGCACUUCGGGCACUUCAGCCCCACCGCGCAGUACGCCAUGGGCGGCAUGGGGUGGGGGGGCGCUCGCAUGCAGCGCGGCCCGCGACACCGCUCCUUCAUGCGCUGAGGGCGGCGGCGACGGAGACAUUAUUGCAAGAGAUCGAGUGGUUUUUAACGCCAUCUAGUUUCCGUAGCAGAUAAUCGGGCAAGGCCACGUUUGUUAUGGUACUUGAUUAUUGUUUUAUUGAAAAGUAAUACAUAAAAUUUACGUAUAAUUAAUUAUUCGACUAAUGAAAUAGGUCGUGCCAUCACACUCAUGCCUUUAUGUACCAAUUUUUAAAUAAUUUCUUCGAAAAAAUGUAUACGAAAUCGUAGACGCAAGCGAUGUCAAAUCAUUUCAAGUGUUUCAAACACCCUUGAACCUUUACAAUUGCGUCGUGAGAUAGCAUCACUGAGCGCUUUCUAUCGACUGUAUCACGGCGAGUGCCCUGAGGAAUUAUUCUCUCUAAUUCCUGCUUCCCCCUUCCUUCUUAAGUCCACGCGAGCUGGUUCUCGAUGUCACCGCCUAACUGUGACAUCAAUUCCAUCGCGAACAAAGAAAUUUGGCAACUCCUUUCUUUGUCGCACUUCCAAAAAAUGGAAUUCCUAACCAGCUCACGUGUUCCCCUCCUCUUACAACCCGGGUUCCUUCAAACGAGGCGUGAAGAGGCAUCUUGCGGGCCGGCAAGGCGAAGGCGGCUAGUGCAGAACGUGUUUCCCGUCUGUACUGACCGUCGUCGCGUUUGGACUCUACUACCACUUACCAUCAGGUGGAGUAGUCAUUUGCCCUCCCGGCGAAUAUAAAAAAAAAAAAAGUCGACUCUUAGAGGCCAACUUCAGGCAUUUAACAAAAAAAUAUCGUUAUGAAGGAAACGACUAAUCAAAUAAUUAGAAGUAUUUGAAUAUCACACCUCGUGAAGGAAUGUCUGGCAUAUUAUAAUUUAAAGUAAAAUAUUCAAGAAAAGAGACGAAUAAAUUGUUAACUUGACAGACGCCAUUACGUCGAUGGUAUUGCCAGUUUAAAAAAAAUAUUUUGUCUCAUUCUCGUGUCCUUUAUCAGUCCGAUUAUCUGCUGAUUUUAUGAAUUCUAUAGUAGUAAAAGUAUUCUAUAGUUUUUAUGUAUACACAUUUAAUUUAUUCAUUUGGUAUUCAAACAUAAUUUGGAACACCAUAUAUCACGGUAAUAAAAACAUUGUGUACUAUGACAUAAGUUGUAUUUUUUUC